AUGGGUGCGGUUCCUCAGGAACCGCCACUUUUUGCGUGCUCAAUCAGGGAUAACAUUGCCUACGGCUGCUCUGAGGGCCAGGAAGCGACACUGGAGGAUGUUAUCCACGCAGCAAAGACUGCGAACGCUCACGAUUUCAUCAUGUCUUUCCCUAACGGAUACGACACGAUUGUUGGUGAGCGUGGCCAAGCUCUUUCGGGUGGCCAGAAGCAGCGCGUAGCCAUUGCUCGUGCGCUGGUAAAGCGCCCCAAGAUCCUCAUCCUUGAUGAGGCUACGUCAGCUCUGGACCCAGAGAGUGAGAGACUUGUGCAAGAUGCCGUGGACCGCGCUAAGCAGGGCCGUACGGUUAUUCUGGUGGCACACAGACUAUCGACUAUCAAGAGCGCUGACCGCACAGCCGUGAUCUCGGAUGGCCGUGUGGUGGAGCAGGGAACCUUUAACGAGCUUGCCGCUCGUGAGGACAGUACUUUUAAGCAGGUUGUCCUGAACGGGCAGAACGAACUAACUCCGAUUCACUUCCAUCGGCUUGAGUUCACAAGCAGUGUGGGCGGGUGA